GGCCUUUCGGGAGCGGGAUUGUUUCAGUCAGGAAGCAGGCUCCAUUUUAGCGCCGCCCGCCGUCGCCAUCUGUUCCUCUCCCCUCCCCCUCGUCGCCGUGGUGGCCGAGUCCCAACUGGAAGGCUGAAGGCCAGGCCGCCCGAGGCCAGCGCGGAAGGCGGGAAGGAGGAGAAGAAGAGGCCGGGAGGCCGGGAGGCCGGGUGCGCGUAAGGAGCUGAGUGGAGCAGGUCAGGCCGGAGCGCGCGGCCCGCCGGACGGACGGACUGACGGACGGACUCGUGCGCCUGCGGCCGCGGCUGCGGCGCCCGCGCGACUCGCGUCCCGGCGGUGGCGGCGGCGGAAGCCGGAGGGCAGCCAUGGCGGCCGACAGCCGGGAGGAGAAAGAUGGGGAACUUAAUGUUUUAGAUGAUAUUUUGACUGAAGUACCAGAACAGGAUGAUGAACUCUACAAUCCAGAGAGUGAACAGGAUAAGAAUGAGAAAAAAGGAUCAAAAAGAAAAAGUGAACGAAUGGAAUGUACUGACAGCAAGCGACAAAAGCCUUCCAUCCAUUCAAGGCAGUUGAUUUCUAAACCACUGAGCUCAUCCGUUAGCAAUAAUAAAAGAAUAGUUAGUACAAAAGGAAAGUCGGUUACAGAAUAUAAAAGUGAGGAAUAUCAAAGAUCUGAAAGAAACAAGCGUCUAGAUGCUGAUCGGAAAAUUCGUCUGUCAAGUAGUUCUUCUAGAGAACCUUACAAGACUCAACCAGAAAAAACUUGUCUACGGAAAAGGGAUUCUGAAAGAAGGGCCAAGUCUCCUACACCAGAUGGUUCUGAGAGAAUUGGACUUGAAGUUGAUAGACGUGCAAGCAGAUCCAGCCAAUCCUCAAAGGAAGAAGUAAACUCUGAAGAAUAUGGCUCUGACCAUGAGACGGGGAGCAGUGGUUCUUCUGAUGAACAGGGCAACAACACUGAGAAUGAGGAGGAAGGAGUGGAAGAAGAUGUAGAGGAAGAUGAAGAGGUAGACGAAGAUGCAGAAGAUGAUGAGGAAGUGGAUGAAGAUGCAGAGGAGGAGGAAGAGGAGGAUGAAGAGGAAGAAGAGGAGGAGGAGGAGGAAGAAGAGUAUGAACAGGACGAGAGAGAUCAGAAGGAAGAGGGAAAUGAUUAUGACACCCGGAGUGAGGCCAGUGAUUCUGGUUCUGAGUCUGUUUCCUUCACAGAUGGAUCUGUCAGAUCUGGGUCAGGAACGGAUGGCUCAGAUGAGAAAAAGAAGGAAAGGAAGAGAGCUCGAGGUAUAUCACCCAUUGUUUUUGAUAGAAGUGGCAGUUCUGCAUCAGAGUCAUAUGCAGGUUCAGAAAAGAAGCAUGAGAAAUUAUCAUCUUCCGUUCGUGCUGUCCGAAAAGAUCAAACCAGUAAACUCAAAUAUGUCCUUCAGGAUGCAAGAUUUUUCCUCAUAAAGAGUAACAAUCAUGAGAAUGUGUCUCUUGCCAAAGCUAAGGGUGUGUGGUCCACAUUGCCUGUAAAUGAGAAGAAAUUGAAUCUUGCAUUCAGAUCUGCAAGGAGUGUUAUCUUAAUAUUUUCUGUCAGAGAAAGUGGAAAAUUUCAAGGUUUUGCCAGACUGUCUUCAGAAUCACAUCAUGGUGGAUCUCCUAUACACUGGGUGCUUCCAGCAGGAAUGAGUGCUAAAAUGCUUGGAGGCGUCUUUAAAAUUGACUGGAUUUGCAGGCGUGAAUUGCCCUUCACGAAAUCAGCUCAUCUCACCAACCCUUGGAAUGAACAUAAGCCAGUCAAGAUUGGGCGUGAUGGACAGGAAAUUGAACUUGAAUGUGGAACCCAGCUUUGUCUUCUGUUUCCCCCUGAUGAAAGUAUUGACUUGUAUCAGCUCAUUCAUAAAAUGCGUCACAAGAGAAGAAUGCACUCUCAGCCUCGAUCAAGAGGACGUCCAUCCCGUCGAGAACCAGUCCGGGAUGUGGGAAGGCGUCGACCAGAAGAUUAUGAUAUUCAUAACAGCAGAAAGAAACCAAGGAUUGACUAUCCCCCUGAGUUUCACCAGAGACCAGGGUAUUUAAAGGAUCCCCGAUACCAGGAAGUUGACAGUUUCACUAAUCUUAUUCCCAACAGACGAUUUUCAGGAGUUCGCCGAGAUGUGUUUUUAAAUGGGUCCUACAAUGAUUAUGUGAGGGAAUUUCAUAACAUGGGACCACCACCGCCUUGGCAGGGAAUGCCUCCUUACCCAGGAAUGGAACAACCUCCACAUCAUCCUUACUACCAACAUCAUGCUCCACCUCCUCAAGCCCAUCCCCCUUACUCAGGACACCAUCCUGUACCACAUGAAGCAAGAUACAGAGAUAAACGAGUAGUAAGUGCACAGAAAGGCAGAGGUGUGAGGGAACUACUUAGAAUUUCUCAUGAUUAUGAUAUGAGGGUGGAUGACUUCCUUCGCCGCACACAAGCUGUUGUCAGUGGUCGGAGAAGUAGACCCCGUGAAAGGGAUCGGGAACGAGAGCGAGACCGGCCUAGAGAUAACAGAAGAGACAGAGAAAGAGACAGAGGUCGUGAUCGAGAAAGAGAGAGGGAACGAAUAUGUGACCGGGACAGAGACCGAGGGGAGAGAGGUCGUUAUCGAAGAUAAUGCGCUUUUGGAAGCAGUGAUUGAAGAUAAACAAAAAUAUUGUAUUUUUUUUGUGUGUUUACAAGUAGUAAAUUUAUUUUCAGCUGUCUACUUAAAGCUCAUUGUGUAGAAGGAUUUAUUAUCAUCUUUAUUCCAAGCAUGCAGUAGAAUAAGAACUGGAAAACUCAGUUCCACCAAAAAUGCACAUUUGACAGUUGACACUUUUAUUGGGGCAGAAUGGAACAGUCCAAGAAUGUAGAUAUUGAUUCAUUCUCUAUAAAUGUUCUUUUUUUUACAGUAUAUUCAUCCUAGUGUUAUUUUGUUUGUUAUCUUUCUUUUUGAUCUUGAUCAAUAACUGCCAUAGUAUUUUGCUUUGUGUUUCUACAUGUAGCUGCACACAGUUCAGUAUAAAAAUAAUGCUGCUAUCAAGUAUGCAAAUGUUGAAGUAUGAUGGUUUGACUGUAUGGCAGUGUUGUAGCAACCUCUUGGUUUCUCCUCUUCCCUUUUUUUUUUAAACCUGUAAAAUUACUUUUUUUUAGUCUUCAAUGAUGAAAGCAAUAUUAAGAAGACAUUGCUAUCUAAUUUUUAAUCUUUUUAAAUAAAGAGUUCCCAUAUUCAGUAGCAUGGUUGAUGCUAUUGUUUAGCCUUCCUUCUAAACUGUACAUCGGCUUGAAUGUUCACAAUUUUGCGUGUGUGGCAGCAGGAGAUAACCCCACAUUCUACAUUGCUACUGUUUUGUAUGAAAUAAAUUGGUAAAGAUUGACACUUA